GUUCCUUAGACCGCCCUCUCCUCCCUCAUUUCUCAUUUUUUAUUUCUAAUUUUUAUAUAUCGUAUUCCUAGUACGAUGUCGACGUCUGUCCGUCUUGCUCGACGCGUUCUCUCCUCUUCGCGCCCAUUGCGCGCCCCAUCGGCCCGCACGUCAGCUCGCACGGUGUUCAGCCAGCGUUCGAUGAGCUCGAGCACCGGUGGUGCACAUGGAUCGAGUGGGGGCAGUGAUACUCCUUGGAUGGUCGGGUCAGGACUUUUAUUUGGGCCUGCUCUUCUUUACCUGCUCUCGCCGUCAGCCCGCAAAUCUAGUCACGGUGACGCACAUGACCAUUCUUCGCAUGCUCACUCCGAAGACGCGACCCACGCUACCGUUGAGGAGACUGAACAGACUGAGGACUCGCCUAAAGAUGCUGAGCCAGCCGUCGAAUCGCAGCCUGCAGAGGACAACUCCAUGACUGAUGACGAAGGCACAAAAGCCUCUGGCGAGGAAAUCCAAGAAUCGGUUCAGAACGCUCUUAACACCGACUCACCCAAAGAUGCCCAAGUAGCUGAAGAGGCCACUUCGUCGGAUAGCGAACCUGCUCCAGCAGCGUCUAGUGACAGUGCUGCUGAAGGUGAAGGUGAGAAAAACGAGCCCACGGAUAUCGGUCAGGCAAGGGCGGAGGCUGUCACUGAUACUCCCCCUAAAAAAGCUGAUCCCGAAGCUGAGCAAUAAGGCCUCUGCGUUUUAUUUUGUGGUGACAGGCUAUGCUUUAAUAUAUUGGAGCGUAUUGCUCAGCACGGGACAAUGCAUAGAUAGAAAUGUUCUGGUAAGGAGCAAAUUCAAUUAUCAGUUCGGUUAUCACAAUAGUGCUGCAUGUCACCACAGUAAAUCAAUACAUUCUGGCUCAAAUUCUGG